AUGAAGUGGACACGAUCACUACCCAACCUGUGUGCUUUGGUGCUGACAGCAAGCCUAUCGUCUUCUUAUAUUUACCAAGGUCCGGAGGAUCUACGAAUACAGACGGCACUUACGCUCCAAAAUCCUAGCAAUGGCGUAAGCACAACACCAGAAGGACGUCUGUUCGUCCUCUUCGCCCGUGUCGACGGCUCGAAGGGCCCACAAGUAGUCGAAUACAACACUAUAAUCAACACGAGCGUGCCAUAUCCCAACGCAGAAUGGAACAACUACACCACUGGAAAAGACCCGGCGACACAUCUAGUCCGCACGAACUCUCAACGUAUCGGUCCUGAAGAUCUUCUCUGGCUUGUCGACACCGGCUCGCCUGCCUUCGGCGCCCCAGUCAUCUUCCCCAAUGGACCUAAACUCGUCUCAGUAAACCUCACCACAAACCAAGUCCAAAGAGUCUACAGCAUGGGCAACGCCACACUCUCCUCCAGUCUCCUCGACGACGUCCGCUUCAACCCCGCCUCAAACAAAGCCUACCUCACCGACGCCGGCGCACCGGCAAUCAUCAUCCUCGACCUCUGCACCGGCGCCACAGUCCGAGUCCUAGUGGACGACGCAAGCACAAGCGCCUACAUGCCCGUGUCAGCCGAAGGAAACCUCCUCCAUGCCUCCGGAGGAAUGUUCGAGCACAUCUACGCCGAUCAGCACGAAGUCUCGCCAGAUGGGAAGUACUACUACUACCAGCCCUCGAACGGCGGAAUGUCUCUGAUUCCAACUGCUGCGUUGGACGCAGCAUUCUACAAUUCCUCCAUGGCACAAGUCCUGUCCGAUUACCGGGAGCCGUUCGCCUUGACGCCGAGCACGGGCGGCACAGCGAUCGAUGCCGAAGGCAAUAUUUACAGUAGCGAUACUGAUAAUCAGAGUAUUCUCAAGAUUUACCCUAACGGCACUAAAACACUGCUCUGUCAGGAUCCGAGGUUGCUGUGGGUUGAUGCGAUGUGGAUUGAUACGCAGAAGAGGCUGUGGAUGCCGGCGGCGCAGCUGAAUAGAGGUCAGCCGUUCAAUAAUGGGACAAGCUAUGUUGUGCCGCCUUUGCAUGUGUUUACGAUCGAUAUCGGCGUUGGUCCUAGCCUGAUCGAUCAUGCUUGA